AUGUUUAAUACUAAGCUGAAUCUGUUGACAAUUUCUUUUCUACAAUUAAUCUCUUUUUCUGGAUUCUUGCUAUGCUCUUUGAGCUCUCCUAUAAUAAAAAGUUGGGGACUGGCUCGAGUUGGUGGGAUGUAUUACGGUGCGUUUGGUUACUGUCAAGAGGCAGAUGUUUUUUUCUGCUCUCCAGUACAUUUGUUGUAUAAUGCUUCAAAAGUAGGAUUAUCUGACUCUUCCUUCGAGCGAUGGUGGCUGAAUCCCAAGUCAAGAGACACAGUAGGGAAACUUUUGAUUUCAAUACCGAUAGCUACUUGCUUCACCCUUAUCUGUUCUAUACUUCCCUUUGUUUCCUUUUUUCUCUACCCGCCAGGAGGAACUAAAGUCCCACUUAUUAUUUUAAAUGUGACUUUACACACAUUGUCAUUCUUGUCGACUGUAUUUGCAUGCAUCAUCAUUUUAUUGCAAUUUCAUCCCUUUACAACAUGGUGUGGCUGGCUAACUAUUCCUUGCUCUUUCUGCUCCUUCCUGGCGUGCAUUUUGUCACUUUUGGGUUGCAUACACCAAUAUAACCAAACAGCCAUCAUUGAAAAAGAAGCUAGCAUCGAGAACUUAGAUAGUAUCCUCAAAUUGUACGGAAUGAGUCAAACACCAAGUGCUCUUAGUGAUAAAUCCUCGCAAGCAACCAAAAGUACGGUCCUUUCUCCCUCUAGCAAAUCCGUUUAUCUUAGUACAAGUUUUUCAAAUAACUUACAAAGAACCCUAGAUCCUAAUCAAGAUGAACUACCUCCUGAAAUCAUUCCUUCAGUGAAAAAAGCCACUUCAGUCAACUUUUUUAUUCCAAAUUUGCAUGGUGCCCCAAUGUUUAGUGACAGAAGUAAGUCAAACCAAAAAACAUUAUCUAUUCAUGAGAUAGACAUUGCUAAUUUAUUUGUAAAACAAGAGGAUAGAGAGAUGCCUGUUAAAAAAAAAAUAGAAAAUGUUCUCUAUUACGAGGACAUCACAAGCCCUUCACAACACAACCACAACUCCCCUUGGUUAUUUGGCGUGCAUACUACUCAAUUAGCUAAUGAUUUUAAGGUAUAUUCACAAAAAGAUCAUUGCCCGACAGCACCUCCCAAAUAUCAACUAUGUCAAAUAGCUCAUUAUGGGAAUCAAGACAAUGUUGGUCAAAAUUCUACUCCUUAUAAUUCGCAAAGGAAAUUGGUUGGACACAAUCUCAAUCAUGACCACAACUCGCAUAGUGUUCGCGGUAUCAAUGAACAAUCACACCAAACGCUACCAGAAGCGUACAAUACACAAAACAUGCUACCCAUAAAAUAUAAACCUGCCUAUAAACAGCGGAUUCAUCAUGAAAAGGGAAAUCCACAGCCAGCCUACACUUUCCACUGA